UCGUGUCCCACGCCGAGAACGAGGUGGUCGGUGCCGGACCUUACCGAGCCGCCUCGGCUGCCUUCCCUCCUGUUCACAGAGGAUUUGGACAUCUUCUCCUGUGGAGAUAAAGUCGGUCCGUCGUUGAGAUGUUUCUCUGACGAGAGGAGGCGGCGCCCUGCGUCCCCCCGCGGUGUUCUCACGGUGAACUGGCAAGAUGGUGAACUGGAUUCUUUUCAAGAUUUGAAAGAAACAGAAACAGAAGAAGAGUUCACCGGCAAUGACUCUAGAGUCAGUGCCUCCAAAAUAAACCAGCAGUCCUUUAAAGAGACAGACAAAGCUGAUGCCUGGCCAGCUAAUGUGGCCUCACGUUCAAGGAGCUGGGCUGACUAUUGUAGUGAUGGCAGCGACUCCCCUCCCAAGCAUGUUGGCUCCCCUGCGUCCAGGGCCCCACGGAAGUCAGGCCUGCUGCCCCAUCAGGUCAGCAAGAUCUAUGACGAGCUGCUCCAGAUUCACCAGAAGCUGCAGUGUGAGACUGCAGCCCAGCAGGAAUUCGCUGAGGAGCUUCAGAAGCGAGAACGUUUUCUGGUCGAGAGGGAAGAGCUGCUCUUCAGACAUGAAGGUGCCUUGAGUGAGGUGAAAGACGUCAGAGAAGAGGUCCUCAUGAGGUUCCAGAUCAUGAAGGAGCAACAUGAUGCAGAAGUUGGGCACUUAACUGAAGUUCUUAAAGAGAGAAAUAAGGAAAGCAAAAGGCUAAGGUCUUCCUUUGAUGCAUUGAAAGGAUUGAAUGAUAGCUUAAAGAAACAGUUGAAUGAAGUGAGUGAAGAAAACAGGAAGUUGGAGGUUCAGGCCAAAAGAGUUCAAGCUCGCUUAGACAAUUUACAGAGGAAGUACGAGUUCAUGACAAUACAGAGACUGAAAGGCAAUCCCCAGGCCACUCAUGAAGCAAAAAGUUUAAAGCAGGAAAAAGUACCAGCUUCAAAACCUUGUAAGGUAUCACUUAAUGGACAAGUUUAUGAACUUUUAACUGUCUUCAUGGACUGGAUUUCAGAUCAGCACCUUAGCAAAUUGAAAAAUGAAGAAUCUGGAAUGGAUGGUGAAAAGCCACUACCCACAUUUGCUUCUCAGAGAACUGAUAUUCAGGAGAAGUGUGUGAAGCACUCGACCAUGACAACCACACUGAGGAGGCUGGGUGAAGACAUAUUCAGAGGAGUGGUGACGAAGGGUGUUCAGGACGCAGCCUUAGAGCACUCAGUGGAGAGUCGACCAAGGACAGCUGCCUUCUUCAAGAGCACCAGCUUGCCCCUGAGAUUCGUGUCCACUUUAAUUGUCCUCAAAACAGUCACUCAAGCUGACUUCCUGGCGCAGGCAUUUGACUCGCUAUGUCUGGACCUGCAGGCGGACGAGGGGAAGAACCUGUUCCUGCAGCUGCAGGCGGUGCCAGUGGUGCUGAGCCACCUGAAGCUGUCCAGCCGGGGGCUGCUGCCCAGCGUGAUGGACAGCCUGCUGCAGAUGACUGUGGAAUCCAGUGCCCUGCAGCCCUUUCUGGAGGCCUGCAGCUGCUCGCUCUUCUUCCGGACCUGCUCCGUGCUGCUCCGGGCUCCGAAGCUCGACCUCCACGUCCUAGAGAAGCUCAGUAUCAUCCUGCAGAAACUUUCCAAAAUCAAGAGUAAUAAGAAGCUCUUUGAACUCUUCACAAUCCACCUGAUGCUUCAGGAGAUACAGAGGACGACACACCCGGAGCAUGCCUUUCUCUGCAUCAACCUCAACUCCACUUUGUUCAAUUUGGGUCUAACGAAGUGCAACUCCCUGGCCGCCAGCACAAACCCUUAGACUGGUCGUUACUAACAGAUACUGCGUGCGUGCUGCUGCUUGUCAGAUUGUAAAAAUCAGCAAAGUAACUAAAAGUCUACUGAGUAAAGUUACGUAUGAGUAGCAUCAUUUAUCAUGAAAAAUAGAAAAAAAAAAUUUUUUUAAUUUUCUUUUUUUUAAGUUUUUUAAAACUUAAAAUGAAACCUAUGGAAGCUGCAGCAAGUUUGGACUUUUUCCAUUUGGCUCAGGUGGUACUCAUGUACACAAUGGAACUUUCAGGGCAAAUGACACUGGGGCUACUCUUUGUAAAAUUGUUCUGGGAAAAUUCUUAAAAUUAUGUGAUUAUUUGGAAUAAAAUUGGUGUUUGUGUGGGAGCACAGUUAGAUCA